AUGCCAUUUGGCUGUUUAAUUUUCGGAGAGAAGAAGGAUUAUAACAGUCCUGGUGAGGUCACUGACAAAUAUGACCUGGGGCAGAUGGUCAGAUCGGAGGAGUUUUGUGAGAUUUUUCGGGCGAAGGAGAAGAGCACACAGAAAAUGUACACCUGCAAGAAAUUUCUAAAGAAAGAUGGAAGAAAAGUGCGAAAGGCUGCAAAGAAUGAGAUCCUUAUCUUGAAAAUGGUGAAGCAUCAUAACAUCCUCCAGCUGGUUGAUGUCUUCGAGACAAGAAAAGAAUACUUCCUCUUCCUGGAACUAGCCACAGGCAGGGAGGUGUUUGACUGGAUCUUAGACCAGGGCUACUACUCUGAACGUGACACUAGCAACGUUAUCAGACAAGUGCUUGAGGCUGUGGCUUAUCUUCACUCUCUCCGCAUUGUGCACAGGAACCUGAAGUUGGAAAACCUUGUUUACUACAAUCGUCUGAAGCACUCUAAAAUUGUCAUAAGCGAUUUUCAUUUGGCCAAACUGGAGAACGGACUCAUUAAAGAGCCUUGUGGCACUCCUGAAUACCUUGCUCCAGAGGUAGUUGGCAGACAGCGAUAUGGCAGACCAGUGGAUUGUUGGGCCAUUGGAGUGGUCAUGUACAUCCUACUGUCAGGAAACCCUCCUUUUUAUGAUGAGGCAGAUGAUGAUGAUGACGACAGUCAUGACAAGAACAUGUUCCGGAAAAUUCUGUCAGGAGACUAUGAGUUUGACUCACCCUACUGGGAUGAUAUCUCAGAUUCUGCCAAAAGUCUAGUUGCAUCUUUAAUGGAAGUGGAUCAAGACCAAAGACUGACUGCACAGGAGGCAAUCAGCCAUGAAUGGAUAUCUGGGAAUGCUGCUUCUGACAAGAAUAUUAAAGAUGGUGUGUGUGCUCAGAUUGAAAAGAACUUUGCAAAAGCAAAAUGGAAGAAAGCAGUCCGUGUGACCACUUUAAUGAAGAGGCUCCGAGCUCCAGAUCAGAGUGACUCUGGGGCCUCAAGUCCCGCUCUCGGAGCAUCGGCAGGAUCAGUGACUCCGAGCAGCACACCGGUUGCUAUGGCUGCAACUCCUGAACCUCCCUGCGGCACCCUGGAGCUUCAGGAAAUAAGAGCAGGAGAGGCUCCAGCACGGUGUAACGGAGAGAUCCCUGCUGCUAUGCAGCUUAGUGUGGAGACCAGAGAAGAGCAGAAUGGCUAA